CUCCGGGACGAGCGCCCGCUGGCCUCCGCAAGCUCUGCCUUGCAGCCUGCCACAGCACAACGUGCACAGCCACCCUCGCGGGCCUUGAUGGGGCGCCUAGCCAGCCACCCCUCCUUCCCUUCACUCCAGAAAAUCCUGAGCAACUGCUCCUCUCACACCCUAUCUCAGGUCGUGCACUGACCAACAUUUAGUCAAAACGGCGGAGGAGCAAUAGCGUUAGAGAAAGCCACCUUUCUUACUUCACGGAUAAGGAAACAGGCCUUCAGCAGACGCACACACAGAACAUCACAAACCUGGAGACCAGCAGGUAUGAGGCUGAGGCUUGACUCUGACUGCUAGCCCGAUGCUCUGACUUCCUCUCCUGCUGCCCUCCAGUGCUGCAGGAGUCCUCACUGUGCCCCAGCCUACAGGAAUGAGCCAAGAUCCAUGUUUCCACUGCACAGAACAACAAAUUAAGGCAGCCAAAGGACCACCCAGAUGAGUUAGCAAGAAAAGCAGAAGCUCAUCUCUCCUGCCAGCCAUGUUUGGAUGAGAAUUAUCAUGCCACAGACUGAGCUUCUACUCUCUGGCACCUAACCCCAGCCUCACCUGAGAGCUGUCCCUGCCAUUUAUGCCUGCUCUUUUCCCAGUACAUCUUCUGAUUCAUGUUCAACUGCAAGAGUCCUUUGGUAUCGAAAAGGCAAGGGGAAAUUCAAACAGAGGAUUCUGGCACAGUGUUUGGGAACUCCAUGCAUGAAGCUUUGAUGGAAGCUCUCUCCCUCUCUGUGAAGUGAAUUCUGCCUAAAAGUGCCCCAGGCCCACCAUGAUGGCGGAAGAGCACACAGACCUGGAGGCCCAGAUCAGCAAGGACAUUCACUGCAAGGAGAUCGACCUGGUAAACCGGGACCCCAAGAACAUCAACGAAGACAUCGUGAAGGUGGACUUUGAAGAUGUGAUCGCAGAGCCCGUGGGCACCUACAGCUUUGACGGGGUGUGGAAAGUGAGCUACACCACCUUCACAGUGUCUAAGUACUGGUGUUACCGACUGCUGUCCACGCUGCUGGGCGUCCCACUGGCCCUGCUCUGGGGCUUCCUAUUCGCCUGCAUCUCCUUCUGCCACAUCUGGGCAGUGGUGCCAUGCAUCAAGAGCUACCUGAUCGAGAUCCAGUGCAUCAGCCACAUCUACUCACUGUGCAUCCGCACUUUCUGCAACCCACUCUUUGCCGCCCUGGGCCAGGUCUGCAGCAGCAUCAAGGUGAUGCUGAGGAAGGAAGUCUAAAGCCAGGCAGGGCUAUGAGCGUGCA